UCUGACAGAGACUACAAUCCCGGAACAGGUAUGAGCGCCGACUAGGCAGUGGCAAGAUGGCGUCCCUGGAUAGGGUGAAGGUACUGGUGUUGGGAGACUCAGGUGUUGGAAAAUCUUCACUAGUUCAUCUUUUAUGCCAAAAUCAAGUGCUGGGAAAUCCAUUCUGGACUGUGGGCUGCUCAGUAGAUGUCAGAGUUCAUGACUACAAAGAAGGAACCCCAGAAGAGAAGACCUACUAUAUAGAAUUAUGGGAUGUUGGAGGCUCUGUGGGCAGUGCCAGCAGUGUGAAAAGUACAAGAGCAGUAUUCUACAACUCAAUAAAUGGUAUUAUUUUAGUGCAUGACUUAACAAAUAAGAAGUCAUCUCAGAACUUGUAUCGUUGGUCAUUAGAAGCUCUGAACAGGGAUUUGGUGCUAACUGGAGUCUUAGUAACAAAUGGAGAUUAUGACCGGGAACAGUUUGCUGAUAAUCAAAUCCCACUGUUGGUAAUAGGGACUAAACUUGACCAGAUUCAUGAAACCAAGCGUCAAGAAGUUUUAACUAGGACUUCUUUUAUAGCUGAAGAUUUCAAUGCAGAAGAGAUUAAUUUGGAUUGUACAAAUACAAGGUACUUAGCUGCGGGUUCUUCCAAUGCUGUCAAGCUCAGUAGGUUUUUUGAUAAGGUCAUAGAGAAGAGAUACUUUAUAAGAGACAAUAAUCAGAUUCCAGGUUUUCCUGAUCGAAAAAGAUUUGGGGGAGGAACAUUAAAGAGCCUUCAUUAUGACUGAAUUGCACUCCUUUUGGAAGUCUGAGCAAGCAGUGACAGUUUUCACAGCUUUCUUUUUGCUGUGUUGAUUAUUAAUGUCUCAGCCUUUUAACAACAUUGUCUUAAAAAUGCCACCCUUCAGCCUCACCCUUUAAUGGAAAGCUGAAAGAAAGUGAGUGUGGAAGGUCCAAGCUGUCCCCAUUCUCUGUUCUUCGCCUUUCUGCCUCUGUUUAUAGGUUAUGUAAAAGCUUUGUGGAAACAUGAGAUGUUAUCAGAAAUGUUGGAGUAAAUGAGCAGUAACAGAAUGCUGCAAUGAAUUUCUUUUCUUUAUUGGGGGUUAAUGAUUUACAGUCAAUAGUAAAAUAUAGUAGUUUAUACAUGUGUAACAUUUCUAAGUUUCCAAAUAAUAAUUCAGCCUCCUCUAGGUCCUUCUCUGUCAUCAUGUUCCAGGACCUGAGCCCUCCCUCCUCACCCCAGAGUCUUUUACUUUUCACCAAACCUAGUCCAAGUUCUGCUUUGUGUUUUCUUAUUUUUCAACUUAUUAUUAUUAUCGGUAGUAGUGAUUUAAUAAUGACCGGCAAGAUUGUGGGAUAAGAGGGGUACAGUUCAUACAGUUCUUACCACCAGAGUUCUGUAUACCAUCCCCUCCAUUGGAAGCUUCCCUAUUCUUUAUCCCUCUGGAGUAUGAACCAAAGAUCUCUAUGGGGCACAGAAGGUCAGAGGUCUGGUUUCUGUAAUUGCUUCUCCGCUGGACAUGGGUGUUGGCAGAUCAAUCCAUACCCCCAACUUGCCUCUACCUUUCCCUUCCCUAGUGGGGUAUGGCUCUGAGGAGGAGAGGUUUCAGGACAUAUUGUUGAGGUCAUCUGCCCAGGGAGGUCAGGUUGGUGUCAUGAUAGUAUUUUUCAGCUUCUAUCCAUGAGAUCAUCCCCUGUUCAUCCUUCUCUUUCGCUGCUGUGAAAAUUUACUCUUACCUAGAACUGGAGGGUUUAUCUGGGUCUGUAAUUUUCCCACACUCAUUACUGAAUGCUUAAUUAAGUAGUUCAACAAUGUAUAUCUAUUGUUUUACCUUCUUGAAGGGAAAACAUGUUAACCAGUCCUGAGCUGUCCACCCCAGACAAUCUCUGUCAUUUUCAAAUAAGCCAUGGAUGUGAGGGCGAUCUGGCUGCGACAUCUGUCACCCCAUUGAUCCGCCAGGGUUGAUUCAGCUGAUCUGGCUGGCUAGGCGGGUGUCCCCUUCCUCCCUUACCACUCCUUGUGCUUCCCUCCCGAAGCUGCGCACUCCGUCGAAGAGGACUGACGGGUCUUCAGUCAAGGGUAUACGAGUAGCUGCGCUCCCCUGCUAGAACCUCCAAACAAGCUCUCAAACAAGCCAAGUGGUGUUAUUUGUCUCCACCCUCAUCACACACAAGAAUUCCUAAAAUAGCAGCCCUUGUCUCUCUUUCCUUUCCUUUGCAAGUGGCUCAGUGGCUGGAGGAGGCGAACUAAUAGCUCAAGUUAAAUAUAAAUAGAUCAAUAAUACAUAGAGAACAGCAGUACCAGAAAAGAAGAAUUCUACAAGAAAUUGACAGCUCACUAAAUCCUUUACUCUUUAGCUUCCAGCUGUCUGCACUUUUACUAUUUUACAUUUAGAAAUAGGUAGAAUGAAAUCUAAGACCUGCACAAGGCAUUAAAGAGAUUUAUUGGUUUUUCGGGGGGGGGUUGUUUGUUUGUUUGUUUGUUUCUAAAGGAAAUGUUAACUCCUAAAAUGUCUCUUAACUGUAGUCAGUAAACUAAGAAUAUUAUUAUGUCUGCAAUGUGUUUAUGGAGCAAAGUAAAAAAUAAGAACCUUAGCAAUGCAUUUACAUGAAUUGUAGAAUUCUUUAUCUAUUGGAUAGAGACAGCCAGAAAUCAAGAGGGAGAGGUUAUAGAGAGGGAGAGAGAAAGAGAAACACCUGCAGCCCUGCUUCACCACUCAUAAAGCUUUCCCCCUGCAGGUGGGGACUGGGGGCUUGAACCCAGGUCCUUGUGCAUUGUAAUACAUGUGCUCAACCAGGUGCGCCACCACCGGCCCCCGUAUAAGAAGUAUAAGAAUUGUAGAAUUCUUAUACUUCAUAAUCCAAAGCGUUUGGCUUUUUUUUUCUUUUUUUUUUUUUUGAGGAGGAAGCAUAAUGUGUUUGUAUAUAUGCAUAAUUGUUCAUUGUUAUUUUUUAAACUAUCUUUCUUUGCUCGUUUAACUGUCUGCCUCAGUUAUCUAACAUAUAAACUGGGUUUUCAAAUUUUUUUUAAUAAACACUAACUUCUCACCCAUAAUCUAUGGCCCUGCUGCAGAACUUUGUACUCCUCAUUUUGCUUCAUAUUAAAAUAAAAUAAUAAAUA